AGAUUAAAAGAAGAAAUCCAUGAUGGCGCGGCAAUGAAAGGCAGCGGAGCUCCUUCAGCCACAGUCUGGAUUGAACUGCUCAGUUUCACUUAGAUGAUCUGAAGGCAGCGAGAGCGACACAACAUGCAGUCAUGAAACGGGUUCGGGCUGAGCAGAUCCAGAAUGCUGUGGCUCAGUACCUGAAGAGGAGGCAGUAUGUGGACACUGACGGCUCCCUGAAAGGAGCCAAGCUCUUCCAGUCCACAGAGGAGUUGGCAGCCGGCCUGACAGUGCAGACGGAGUCCGGCUGUACCAAUGUGGUCUCUGCUGCUCCCUGCCAGGCGGACCCCCAGCAGUAUGAGAUCCAGUUCUCCAGGCUGCGCUCCUUUCUCUCAGAAGCAGAAAUCUCCUACGCCCAAGAGGUCAGCAGCCUCCUGUAUCCCCUCUUCGUUUAUCUUCACCUUGACAUGGUGCACUGUGGCCUGAAGGGGGCAGUAGAUGGUUUUUACGUCCGUUUUCACGACGCUUUUCUUCACGACGUAGAGCAGCGGUUGGUGGUAGAGCAGCUCCGUCACGUUGUGGCUGCGCAGGAUGUAGCAGCCAACCCCAAGCUGAGGUCCUUUCUGGAGCACAAGUAUGUGGUGCACCUGACGGAGCCAGCGUACAGCUACCUGCUGCGCUACCUGCAGAGCGACGACAACAGCGCCCUGUGCAGGGUCCUCAGCACCCAUCUACAGGUGGAGGUCACCGCCUCCAGAAGAACAGAGUACCAGCUGUACGGAGCCGCCGGAGGCUCCAUGGCCACGCCCAUCUCGGUGUCGUCCUCCUGGCUUGGCGGAGCAGAGGGCGGGGAGGGGGUGGAGGUCCCUGCAGGGAUCCCGCAGAAUGAGGUGGCGCUGCUGGCGCUGCAGGACUGCAUAAAGAAGGUCCGGGAAGGCCCGCCCUCCCUCACCACCAUCUGCUUCUACGCCUUCCACCACACGGAGCAGAUGCUGAACGCCGCCGAGGUUUCUCCGGACAGCCGGCUGCUGGCCGCCGGCUUCGACAGCUCCGCCGUGAAGCUGUGGAGCCUCCGGGCCAGGAAGCUGAAGGCCAGACCGCACCAGGCCGACGUCUCCUGCAUCCACCUGGCCUGCGACGUGAGAGAGGAAGAGGGGGACGAGGAGGAAGGCUGCGGCAGUGAGAUUAAAAUGCUCCGCGGUCACAGUGGCCCCGUGUAUCGCACCGCCUUCCUGACUGACAGCUCCGGCCUGCUCUCCUGCUCAGAGGACACCACCAUCCGAUACUGGGACCUGGGCAGCUUCACCAACACGGCGCUGUACCAGGGCCACGCCUACCCGGUGUGGGACGUGGACGUCAGCCCCUGCAGCCUUUAUUUCGCCAGCGGCUCUCAUGACCGCACCGCCCGCCUCUGGACGUUCUCCCGCACCUACCCGCUGAGGCUCUACGUGGGGCACCUCUCCGACGUCGACUGCGUCAAGUUCCACCCCAACUCCAACUACCUGGCUACCGGUUCAACGGACAAGACGGUCCGGCUGUGGAGCACCCAGCAGGGGCAGUCGGUCCGGCUCUUCACCGGCCACCGCGGCACCGUGCUGUCGCUCGCCUUCUCACCCAACGGGAAGUACCUGGCCUCCGCUGGAGAGGACCAGCGCGUGAAGCUCUGGGACCUGGCAGCAGGGACUUUGUUUAAAGACCUGCGAGGACACACGGACAGCAUCACCAGCCUGUCCUUCAGCCCCGACAGCAGCUUGGUGGUGUCCUCCUCUAUAGACAACUCUGUCCGGGUGUGGGAUAUCCGGAACAGCCACGGCGGGACGCCUGCCGACGGCUCGUCCAGUGAGCUGGUGGGGCUGUACGUGGGAAACACCAGCAACGUCCUUAAUGUCCAGUUCAUGGCCUGCAACCUGCUGCUGGUCACAGGAACGGCUCUGGAGAAGGCUGAGCAGUAGCUCCACAGUUCUAAUGUUCACACGUUAACUUCACCAACAGGUCAAACUGUUCAUUCCUUCUUUUGUUUAAGUUCCUCAAAUUUUUGUUCAUAUAUGACAGCUAUAGUAGAACUGAAAUGUUUAUUAAACUGUUUCUGGCA